ACGGGGUCGGGCUCGCAGGACGACGAACACGACGACGAGGACGAGGAGGACGAUAGCGACGACGCGAUGAUGGAGGAGAGCCAGCUGUUGAUGACUGAACUUCCGUCGCCGUUGACGCCAAGCGCCGGUCGCGGCGGGACGACGUUGCUCCAUCGUCCGGGCCACUACUACCACCUGCACCAGCCGCACCUGGCGAUCCCGACGUCGCAGAACCAGGCGAUCCUUCAGCACAACUCCGGCAGCACGGCGCCGCAUUACGGCACCGACGGCAAUGGCGCCUGCGGUGGCGGCGGCGGCACCGCGGGAGGCGGCGCGACCGCUGGUGGCAUCUCCUCCCGGCAUCACCAGCUGCACCCGCAUCAGGUGCAUCAACGCGGCACCGCGGUAACGCACGGCCAGCCCGCCGCGAGCACCCACGUGUCCUCCCUCUAUCCGGAGAUUCUCGCGCUCAUCUUCAGCUACCUGGACGUCCGCGACAAAGGACGCGCCGCUCAAGUGUGCACCACGUGGCGGGACGCCGCCUAUUAUCGCUCGGUCUGGCGAGGAGUGGAGGCGCGGCUGCACCUCAGGAAACAGGCGCCGGCGUUGUUCGCCAGUCUGGUAAGACGUGGCGUGAAGAAGGUACAGGUGUUGUCCUUGCGACGCGGCCUCAGCGACGUUCUGAAGGGCGUGCCGAAUCUCGAGGCGCUCAACUUGUCCGGCUGCUACAACAUCACCGACUCCGGUAUCACGAACGCUUUUUGUCAGGAGUACCCGUCCCUCAUCGAGCUCAACCUAUCGCUCUGCAAGCAAGUGACCGACACCUCGCUCAGCAGGAUAGCGCAGUUCCUGAAGAAUCUCGAGCAUCUCGAACUGGGCGGCUGCUGUAACAUCACCAACACCGGCUUGCUGCUGAUCGCAUGGGGCCUGAAGAAACUCAAGCGACUGGACCUGCGAAGUUGCUGGCACGUGUCCGACUUGGGUAUCGCUCAUUUAGCCGGACUGAACCGCGAGACCGCUGACGGUAAUCUCGCCCUGGAGCACCUGAGCCUGCAGGACUGCCAACGAUUGAGCGACGAGGCGCUCAGGCACGUGUCGCUCGGCCUUACCACCCUCAAGUCCAUCAACCUGUCGUUCUGCGUGUGCAUCACCGACUCCGGCGUCAAACACCUGGCCAGGAUGUCGAGUCUACGCGAGUUGAACCUACGCUCGUGCGACAACAUCUCCGACAUCGGCAUGGCGUACUUGGCCGAGGGUGGCAGUCGGAUCACGUCGCUCGACGUGUCGUUCUGCGACAAGAUCGGCGAUCAGGCGCUCGUCCACAUCUCUCAAGGCCUGUUCAACCUCAAGUCCCUGUCCCUGUCCGCCUGCCAGAUCAGCGACGAGGGUAUCUGCAAGAUCGCCAAGACCCUGCACGACCUCGAGACCCUCAACAUCGGCCAGUGCAGUCGGCUCACCGACCGCGGUCUGCACACCGUCGCCGAGAGCAUGAAGAACCUCAAGUGCAUCGACCUGUACGGCUGCACGAAAAUCACCACCAGCGGCCUCGAGCGGAUCAUGAAGCUGCCACAGCUCAGUACGUUAAAUCUUGGUCUGUGGCACGUGCGGUGAUGGCUUUUUCCGUGGCUAAGUGCUCUGGACGAACGCUGCCAACGUUAUCGUCAUCGUCAUCGGCAUCGUCAUCGUUACCAAGGCGACGACGACGACGACGACGACUCCUCGCAGCGACCCAAGGAUAACUUCGUCUUCGCGCGCAUGUUCCUGCCGCAGGCGGUAAGUCCGUUGCUGUCGCUCGGCGCACGAAGUCGCCCGAGCGCCCUCGACAUCGGCAUCCACGACGUCGUCGGCGAAUAGCGUUUAGCUCGUUUCUCCCCGCCCGAGACGGAAAUUCCCCCUUUCUCGAGGGGGAAGCAACCGCUGGGUUCUCGAGGGGCACCGUUUUUUCAAGCAAAUGGCAUUACGUCCCUUCGAAGAGCGUUUUCUUUUCCAAAAAAAAAAAAAAAAAAAAAAAAAAAAAGCGACCGUUUCGAGCACACAUACCGCAUUUCCGAUCGGUACUUGAUCGUCGCGCGUCGAAGGCGAUCGCUAGAUUAAUUAAACGUAGGGUUCGACGAGUCUCAAAUGCCUCGAUUCAAUUCUCGGCUCGCUCGACUCUCGAAAAUUUAGGGGAAAAAAAAAAAAGGAAACGAAUGUCGCGUCUGGGAUUUUCUCGCUCAUCGAUUCCGCAAAGCUACGAUUAUCAACGACACGCAGUUGGCAA